AACUGAUAAUGGCCACUGCUUUCACGUACACCCCAGAGGAACUUAAUUACUUCAGGAUUUGUUACGUUGUCACUGACAUAAUAACUGACGGUCUGCGAAUCAUCUUCAAACAAGAAUGGGACAAACGACACAAGACAAAAUUCGGAGAAUGGAAAGAUGAAUAUCAAAAUGGAUGCGACUUCUGGGAUGGCGAGACAGAUGAAAACAGAGAAAGAAACGAUCAGAUGUUGAAAACCAUGAAGAAAGGCAACACAGCUCAAUGGGAUUGUUCCAUGCUGUUUUACGCUAUCCUGCAUUCAGAUUGCAUUGGUAAGUGGCACGAUCCUCGUCUCGAAUUAUCGAUUAAAUCAAACGUGUGCAAACUAAGGAAUGUUCGAAAUUACGUAUUUGCACAUGUAAAAGGAAGCAAACUCUCCGACAAACGUUUCCAUGAAGCUCUUACGAAGGCUGAAACUGCAUUCCACGACCUCGAUCUCCCCACAUGCAAAAUCAGUGAAGUUCAAAAUCAGAAAAACUUCCCUACAAAGGAGUUAAACGAAGUUGCAAUGAAGUUUGAAAAAUUGAAACAAAAAUACGAGGAAAAGGAAAAGGAACUUCAACAAAAAGAAGAACAGAGGCUUGCCCUAGAAGAGCAAUUACAUUCCGAUGUCUCUCCAUUUUGCAUUCUCCCUGCCAAACCUAGCCACGACAUCGCUCCUCGGGAAUUUGGAGUCGGUGAAGUUUUAAAAAACCUCAAAACACUAAAAGGCGCCAACGAUGGGUUGAGCACACUGUAUUUGUCAGGAAAUCCAGGAAGUGGAAAAUCUCAGCUGGCCCGUUUAGCAGCCAAGCGAUUUUACGACGAAGUCAAAGAAGUACCUUCCGCAGCUUCAUUUGUCAUGACGUUGAAUGCUGAAAACUCAGAAGCA